AUCAUCCAAAACAUGUCUAAAUCAAAUCCUUCAACCUUCAAUAUAACAAACACAUUCAAGAUUCAACAAACAGAGAGAUAGACAUAGGAAGAACAUGGCAACUCAUCAAUUGAACCACAUGUUCAAAACAUCCAUGGUGAAGAAUCACAAGAAACAACAACCAAGAACACCAAGGUUCCAUGUCUUCAACAAUGCAACAACAUCUUCGACCACCACUCCUAUGAGUGCUAGGAAGCUCAUAGAAUCUGGCACCGUGAAAACUAUAUUUCCCAAAGAUGCUUCAAUUGCCAUGAAUUCUGAAGGGUUUCUUCUCCUUGAUGUUAGGCCAACAUGGGAGACAGAGAAGGCACGUGUUGUUGGGUCUGUGCACGUGCCAAUCUUUGUUGAAGACACAGAUAAUAGCCCUGUAACAUUACUUAAGAAAUGGGUGCAUUUUGGUUAUAUUGGACUAUGGACUGGUCAAUAUCUAACUACAUUGAACCCUGAGUUUCUUGCUCAAGUUGAAGUGGCUAUUCCGGAUAAGGGUACCAAGGUUCUUGUGGCUUGUGGAGAGGGAUUAAGGUCAAUGGCAGCAGCUUCAAAGUUAUACAAUGGAGGUUACAAAAAUCUGGGAUGGUUAGCCGGCGGCUUCAGCCGAUCAAAGGACGACGACUUCCCUGGGAUCGAAGGAACAGAGAAGUUGCAGUAUGCUACAGUUGGAGGAGUCUCUUACUAUUUUCUUCAGUUGCUUAUACUUCUACAAGCAGUGGGUAAAUGAUGAUAAACCAUUAGCAUAUAUGUUUUAUUCUAGUGGCUGAGAAGUUAUAUAGGAGUUCUACUUACUUGAAGAAAAAGAUUCAAUCCAAUUAUCUAUUUCUGUGUAA